AUGGUUUUCUGCACAUAUUGUGGUCACUCGUUCACCAGGGACGAGCAUCUCGAAAGACAUAUCCUCACCCACACAAACGUUAAGCCUUUCAAGUGUUUCACCUGCCACAUGUCGUUCGCUAGACGCGACCUUCUCCAAAGGCAUUACACCGUCCAUGGCCGGGACCAAAAUCAAGAGAUCAUCCCUGCUGCCAACGGCAUGAUUCCCAAGUCGGCUGGCAGAACUCCAAUUGCAUGCAGCAACUGCGCCAAGACGAAGACCAAGUGUGACAAGAAGUUCCCAUGCAGUCGCUGUGCAGGUCGCAACCUUCGAUGCACACUCCGUCCCACUCGUCGCUCGUCCAAGAAUGCCAACCGUAUGGGCUUGAUCACGGCCGAGACCAUUGCCAGUGGUGUUGCCAAUGGCAUCCUUCCACCAGACCAAACAGUCGCUGCCGAAGCAGCCCCUAUGCCCGUUGCCUCCCCUAAGUCGGCCGAGAAACACAUGCACCACAAGCCCUCGAGUCCUGGAUCUGGUGUACCUACUACCAUCCCCGAAGAGAAGCAUAUGAACGAUGUCUCUGCUCAAUACUUCGAGCAAUCAAUGUCUAAUGGCCACUCCCCUCCCACUCAACAAAUCUCACCCCUGGCUACACCUAAUUCUGGCUUCAUCCAGGGAGCUAUUCCUACCUACGAAGACUUCAUGAAUGGUUCCAAGGAAGAUGAUACCAACCCUCGCUUCAUGCUUGACUGGGGUCAAAUGCCUAUGCCCAUGGGCUUCGACCACAUGGCUCGUGCAGAUCUUAUGCUUGAUCCCAGCAUGGGUUUUGAUCCGAAUCAGUUGUCUUUGAUGCCGUCUUCCGAGAAUACUCUUACCAUCAUUCCCGAGAUGGCCAAUGCCGGUGCCCCUCUAAUCACACCUAUUGAGACACCUAAAGUGGAACGUUCAUUCGCCGAGAUGGAUCUUGGAAACUCAAACAACAUGUUCUACGCCCACGCCAGGCACAUGUCGACUGUCUCACUGGCGUCUAACGAUGGUCAAGACAUCCGAGCAGUCAUUGCGGCUCAGGACGGAUGGAAUGUUUUCAGAUGCACACCUACUGUUCCCUCGAGUUCGUGUCCGACUACUGCCAAGAUGAACCUUGAAUGUCUAGAACAGACUCUCAAGAAUCAUGAAGGUUGGAGCACUUGGACUCCUACCUGGGAUGAGGCCGAUUUUGCUGGCGGCGAGAACUUGGCUGUCAUGCAGCUUCACGAGAGCACGCGCGACAAGCUUCUCGCCAUCACUCAGACAUUCCUUCACAAGGCUCUCGAGACUCACAAAGAAGGCCAACAAGGUGGUCAAUCUCCUUCGUCCAAUGGUGGCUCAAACUUCGUUCUCUUGCCUCCAGCCAGAGUCCUCGAGUAUUUCCUUCGAUCAUACGCGAACAGCUUCGAGCGAUACUACUCGUUGACAUCACGAGGUAUCCUCGACGCCAACGAGCUGAUGCAUUGCUACAACGACAAGGCUUCUUGCCUUUUGGUACUCAUGAUGAUUGCUCAGGGUUCGAUGAACAUCAGCUCUGUCGAGGCCAGAUGGCUCGCCGGCGGUCUCACCGAAGCUUGCCGUAUCUCGCUCUUCGAUCUGAUCGAGCGCAACAUCACUAUGGCUAGCGACCCCAUUGCCUUGCACUCUGCACUCCUCUUCACUUCUCAGGCUGCUUGGAGUGGAGAUAAGUGGCAGAUGGAUAUUGCUAUGGGUCAGCGAAGCAUGUACUUCCACAUGUUGCGACACUCUGGUGUCCUUGAGGGUAGGGCGUUUAACUCUCCUCAGAUGGACCAUCAAGGCAAUCCCGACUCUCUAUGGACUGAAUGGAUCCAGCAUGAGAGCCGCAGCAGACUUGUUUACUCUUGGGUGAUGGUCGACCAAGACCUUGCUCUCUUCCACGACACAGCACCCCUCUUCUCGGUAACUGAAUUUGGCGCUCCUAUGCCUGAUUCUGAUCGUCUGUGGCAGGCCAAGAGUGCACCGGAAUGGUCUCAGAUCUUCGAACAGGUUCACGAGUUCUCUGGAGGCUACUCCUCUCUUGGCUCGGGCGCCCGACCCAUGUCCCUGCACGAUCUGUUCCGUCACUUUUUGGAUGACGAGAUGGCUUCUCUUGGCAUCGGGAUGACGCCUCUUCAGAUGAGGUUACUCCUACACCCUCUCCAGUCUAUGGUGUGUCAUUACGGUCAGCUUAUGAGCUGUUUCUCCGAUUCGCUUUCGUCACGCAACAAGACCCGCACCGUCACUGCAUCGUCGACUAGAUGCCGUCUCGAGGAAGUGCAGUCACUGCUUCAACGUUGGUACGAUAUGGCCGACCGCUACCUUAAGGUCAACCCUAUCUGCGCCGUCAUGCAAGCCAACCUUGUCAUGUUCCACCUUAUCAGUCUCAACGCUGUUACCAACUUCCCUGAGAUCGAGCGUCUGGCUCGUCGUGAGGGUUUCGAUGGCACUUACCAGCAGCUGGUCUGGACCCACAAGAGAUGCAUCGCUGAUGUUGAGGAAGCCGUCUUCCACUGUGGCCAAGUCUUGCGUAUCAUUCGUUCCAUGCCCCGCGGCGUGCGUCCCCCAUGGUGGGCUGGUGCAGUCUACCGCGCUGCUCUUAUCCUUUGGACUGACAGUCUGAUCAACAAGGAGUCUCCUGCAGCAAAUGCUACUGGCGGCUUCCCCUCGCCAGGACCUACCUUUGCUAUCGACUCAUUGCCAGUUGAUCAUCCUGCUAUCGCUCGCUUCUUGAGCAAGCGUCUAGGUCAGCCUGCCCUUAGCAAGAGGGAUGGUACUCACAUUCCCAUGGACCAUGGCAUUACUGUCCUGGCUCAUUGCAUUGAGAUCAUGGACGAAGGCACUUCUAACAGAUUUGUCGAUGGCGUCCGCAACAAGCUCGACCGCUUGAUGAGAAGCUAA